ACCACCCACUGGCGUGGUUCUCAGCAUUAUAGGUUUUUAGGUCAAACAGGAACGCCAGGGAAUGCCUGAAAAAGCCAAGCACAUAGUUACAUCUGCCCAGACCGGAUGACAUGGAGCUACUGCUGUUGUGUGUAGCAAAGUCCACACUUGAGUGACAUUCCCUGCUGGAGCAUUGGAGGAAGCCGGGAGCGUGUGUGAUCUGGCUAAGAGCUUGGUUCAGAAGUGGCUGAAGUUUUUCUAGAGGGCUCCGUGUGAGGCCUUGGCUCAUCUUAGAAGGCUGAACAGUGGGCCCUGCCGGGUGGCCUUCUUUCUCAUCUUCACCUAAGCCUGCCAUGGAUGAGACACAGGAGUCUCUAGCCUUGACUGUGCAUCUUCUUGCUGACACUGGGAACGGUUUGCUUCUGCAGCAGGCUCUGGACCAACUCCUGGAUUGCAUCUGCCCGGAGGUGCGUCUCUUCCUGGUGUCUGAACGGGCCAGACCAGUGAAUUACCAUGAAAAGUACCAUCCCCGGAGGGCCCGCUUCCCAGGGAUGUCUGUUUUGCUCUUUCUUCAGGAAAGCUUGGGACAGGAGCGGCUGUUUCGAGUCUUGGACUUCCUACAGCAUUCACCCUGGCAGGGUUUCCCUACCCAGCAUGCACAGGGGAGGCCUUGUCCCUAUCUCCCUGCCAAUCAGGAAUUCUACAGCCUGCACAACCAGAUGCCAGUGUGGGGCAUGAGGCCGGUGCACUGUGGUACUGAUAUCCUCCGAGUGACUCUGUAUUGCAGUUUUGAUAACUACGAAGACGCCAUCAGACUGUAUGAGAUGAUCCUACAGAGAGAUGCCACCGUUCAAAAGAGCAACUUCUGUUUCUUUGUUCUCUAUGCCUCCGAGGGCUUUAGCCUGCAGCUCUCUCUGAAGCAGCUGCCCCUGGGAAUGCCAGUGGACCCCAAAGAGUCUUCUGUGCUGCAGUUCAAGGUUCAAGAGAUCGGCCAGCUGGUGCCUCUUCUCCCCAAUCCGUGUGUGCCCAUCAGCAGCACAAGGUGGCAGACUCAGGACUAUGAUGGCAACAAGAUUCUGCUGCAGGUCCAACCGAAGGCAGGACUUGGUGUUAGGAAUGGCGAGUGUUCCUUCCUACACGGCAGCGUCAGAGGUGACAGGCAUGGGCAGGGCUCCAGGCUGAACUUGGUCUCCACACAGAGAACCUUAGAGACGAGGAGCCGGAGGAACAGGAGCCGGAGGUUCAAAGUACACUCUUUGGAGCUUCCACAGCCCAGUGGGACCGCAGAAGCCUCCAGUGACCCUUUGUGGAGAAGCCCUGGCUGGUCCUCCCUGGCCGACAGCGCAGCCAAAGGCAUGCGGCAGUACCGCCUGUCUAUCCCCAUCGGACCUGAGACGAGAAUGGACGUCCUUAAGGAAAACAGCUCCCAGAAACUCGAGGCGGAGACAAAUGUCGACACCGGCUUCACCAUCAUCAACUCCAAACGCAGGCAAUCUUUUCUGAGCAGAUUUCCCCGGGAUUUUCAGAACAGUCAGCCACCAUGCCGCUUGUCAGGCUCUUCCUUUGAGAUGACUGCUUCUCCAAACCAAAAAGUCUUUAAGGAGAGACUCCGUCCUCUGUCACUUCCUGGUCAAAGGGACUUUGGUGCAAAGACGGGAAUCUCCAAAUGUCCUGUCCAGGGUGAAGAGAAAGAAGAAUUCUUUAUAUAGCACGAAACAAACGUGUUUCUGUAAGACACAAGAUAGAAUGUUUUAGAAACGAAGCAUUGUAUUAGUUGUCCUUCUCAUUGAAAUAUCAAUGACAAAUGCAAUUUAAGGAAGGGUUUGUUUUUUACUCACACUUUAGUGGGAAGGUCCAUUCAUGGCUGGGGAGUCAUGGAAGCGAGAGUGGGAGGCAGCUGAUUAUGUACUUUUUUUGUUUGUUUGUUUGUUUGUUUGUUUGUUUUUCGAGACAGGGUUUCUCUGCGUAGCUUUGCGCCU